AUGUAUGAACCAAUGAAUCUGGAAUUAAUUUAUAGAAAAAAUCUUUCUUCAUGUUUUUCUUCAUUUGUUCCAUUUUUUCUAUCAAUACCAUUUAUAUUUGUUUGUCUUCUCGGUCGUCUUUCUUGUUAUAUAUCGUUUUUACUUAUAUUGAUUUUAUUUGUCAUUCAUUUUCUUGUAUUGAGUCAUUUUUAUACUAAAGAAGUCUUUCUUCGUGCUCAUUUUCUAACAUUAAUAUUAACAAUUGGAUGUAUUUGGUCAUUUACAUCACCAGCAAUCGGUUUAUUUACAAUAAUUUUAUCAAUAUUUCAUUUAAGUGAAUAUAUAUCUGUUGGUCUUUGGUGUCCAAGAACUUUAACAAUUGAUUCAUUUUUAUUAAAUCAUUCACCACAAUAUCAUGGUGCAAUAGCUUUGGCUUAUACGGAAUAUUUUAUUGAAAAAUAUUUUUUAUUUCCAAAUGGAUUUCCUUUUCAUUGGUUAUUGAUUAUUCUUGGUUUACUGAUGGUUAUUAGUGGUGAAUAUUUACGUAAAUUAGCAAUGUAUACAGCUCGACAAAGUUUUUCACAUUUAAUUCAAGAUAAACCAAAUAAAGAACAUCGAUUAAUAACACAUGGAAUUUAUAACUAUUAUCGUCAUCCAUCAUAUGUUGGGUGGUUUUGGUGGGCAUGUGGUACACAAAUAUUACUUGCUAAUCCAAUAUCUUUUCUUCUUUAUUUAAUAGCAACUUGGUUAUUUUUUUCUGAACGUAUUGUUUAUGAAGAAGGAACUUUAAUAAGAUUUUAUGGAGAACUUUAUCGAGAUUAUCAAAAACGUGUACCUGUUGGUAUACCAUUUAUUAAAGGAUGUCGUUAG